AUGGAAACAUGUAAACCGGUCUCAACUCCAUUAGAUGAAGAUUUCAAAGUUAUACAUGGUGCAGGAAAAAAAGCUAACAAAUGUCGUCACCAAACUUUGAUUGGAGAAUUAAUGUAUUUAGCUGUCUCUAAUCGACCAGAUAUCAUACACUCAGUAAGUAAGCUAUCGCAAGUCAAUGCAGAACCAGAAGUAGAGCACAAAAAAGCAGCAAAACACAUUCUCCGUUACUUGUCAAAAACAAUCGACUUAAAGCUACAUUACAAAUCCGAUGGCGGAGAUGCACAUGGGUAUGUUGAUGCUAAUUGGGGUUCAAAUCCAAUUGACAGAAAAUCGUACUCGCGAUAUGUCUUUAAGUUAAGGGGUAGCCCAAUUUCAUGGGAAUCGAAGAAGCAAGGUGUAACAGCGCUUAGUACAACUAAAGCAGUGAUAUAA